AUGCAUCCAAGCGGCGUUUGGAUUCCCUUGCAGUGGAAAACAGCUACCUUAUCAUUGCUGUGGUCCCAUACGUCCCACCGAGCCUCGAACUACCUCAAACUAUUUCUUGCCUUGGGUGGGGCAGGCGCGGAUCCGUACUCGGUCAACAAGGGCCUUCUGUAUUCACACAUGGGGUGGUUAAUCAUGAAGCAGAAUCCAAAAUGCAUUGGCCGGAUUGACAACAGCGACUUGAAUGAGGAUCCCAUCGCGGUCUGGCAGCAUCAAAAUUAUCUGCUCGUUGCUACGUUUUGCGUCAACUUGCUGGCCUAUUGGCUGGGUGACCAACCAUUUAAUGCCAGCAAAUCCUCGCAGGACCAUUUCUCAGCGAUCCUUCUUGCUGUUUGUAAGCGGCGGAUCCAACAAAACCGUGCUAUCUUGGCAGAGGACGCGAGCCAGCUGGAUUGGGGCGUACCGCAUAGCCGGUUGCCAAUUCCUGAAUGGGAGGAGUACGUAGAGCAAGCUGAAACGAGUGGACGAUGUCUAAUCGCCAUUGCGGGAAUAGUCCACGACGUGACCGACUUUAGCAAAAGCCACCCAGAUGGCUUGUUGAUGCUCAAGUCCGUUAUCGGAAAGGAUGCAACGGCUGCAUUCAAUGGAGGCGUCUACACUCAUUCGGAGGUAGCUCAUAACUUGCUUGCUACAAUGCGAGUAGCAUCUGUACGAGGUGGGUAUGAGAUUGAAAUCUGGAAGCAUGAACACAGCGAUGCGGAAGAAUCAUCUCCCACGUACCAGUAA